GAUGCGAACUGCUGAGGGCACAUAUGAAUGUGACGUUACUCUGGUUGGUGAUUCACCUUCAACAGCAUCUGAUGCUGCCACAUUAAGUGUUGCAUAUUUUGAUUCAAUAAUGUUCGAUAUUAGUACCAACCCUGUUACUGAAGGUGAAUCUGAAACGAUUGUGUGUUCUAUAAAUGCCAAUCCUGAUCCAGUAAUCAUUCUCUACAAAGAUGAGACUGUAAUCAAGACAAACACAUCAACCCAUCUAAUGUACAGCAUAAGUAGUGUGGCGAGGGGUGACGAAGGAAACUACAAAUGUGAAGCAAGUAACAUCGCUGGUAGUGGUACAUCACAAGUCAAACUAUUGAAUGUUCAUUGUAAUUAUUCAUGUGAUUGUGAACCUUGUAAAAAUGGUGGCACGUGUUCAGUUGUCGAAGGAGGCUACAAUUGUAGGUGUACUGAUAAUUUCAUUGGAUUAAAUUGCAACAAAGGCGUUGACAAGAGAAGUGUUGAGAAUCGAAAACAAGAUACGUACAUGGAAUACAUGGCAGAUAUACCUACUGGCAAUGACAACCAAACUUAUCAAGAUUUACAACAUAAAGAAAACGCUUAUGUUAAUGUGAAGCCGGGAAACAAAUAUUGAAAUUAAAAGAGGAGCAAAUGCUAGUUGGAAUAGUGCUUAUAGGUACUAUGGAGCAUGAUUUAAAUCACAUCAAUAAUCAAAUAUGAAGACGAACCUGCUCGACAUAUUUUUUUUAUUGCACAGCAAUAGAAUUAGUUUUUAUUAAAAACCGAAUGUUCUACUGAUUAAUCUCAGAUAAGAAAGAAUGAUGACAUAAUCAAUGUCGAAAUAUUGAAUCCCAACACGAUGGCGUGCAUUUAAAUACUUGGAGUAUGUAUUUUUCUAGUUUUCAUUUAUAAUGUAGGAUUCGAAAUAGAAUAAAAAUAGAAUAUACCUAUUGUAACUUUUAAAAAAAGAAGUGCAAGACAUAAUUGAUCCUACGUUUCAUUCUUUAUUAGGCCUAUAUUAUUAACGAACGAAACGUGAAUGUCCUCACAAUUGUCAUUAUGGAGUAAAAUACUCAUCCGCAAUGAAUAACCAACUUAUUUCUUAAUUUAACUGUAAACUAUAUGUUAAUUAGAAAUGACUAACAUUUUUUCAUAUUAAUUUUAACAUGUAAGACAUCAUUUUCACAUAUAUAUUGCACUGUAGCGCGUCUGCAGUUUAAGAACCAAAUUUGAUGCGCACCCACCCCCGCUUUUACUAUGGCCGGACAACUUGCGAAAUGCUUCCGACGGUUAUGGUUAUUAUUUUAUGUAUGUACAUUUAAAACGAAUUAAAAAUCAUAUUUCAUUCAA